GGGGGUGGGCAUUAGGGUGCGCAUUUUAGCAAGCAUAAUCUCUCUCUCUCUCUCUCUCUCUCAUGGCGAGCAGUAGCCUCUGCUUUUCCCCUUCCCUCCUGCCAAUUCUCUUCCCUUCUUCUCUUCCAUCCCAAAAACCCUUAUCCUGCGCCACCUUAUCCUUCACGCCCACACUCCCAACACCUUCAAACCUAUCCUCCUUUUCCAAUCACCCAUCUCUGAGGCGAAAGAAGCAGCAAUCCCAUGCUUUGGGCGGGGACCUUUUGGGAGAUUUUGGAGCCAGAGACCCUUUCCCUGCAGAAAUCGAGAGCGGCUUCGCCGAGAACGUAUUGGGGAACGUCGACACCGAGCAUCGUAUCCUCAUUCCAAAUAUCUUGGCGCUCUCUCUUUCCCAACAGAAAUGCACCCCAAUCUCUGCUUCCCAGACUCCAAUGACGGAAGAUGAAGCUAAGAGUCUAUUGAGAAAGGUAGUAGGUUGGAGACUGGUGGAGAGUGAAGGCAGGUUGAGAAUUCAAUGUCUGUGGAGAUUGAGAGAUUUUGCAUGUGGGGUUGAACUCAUCAAUAGGAUUUAUAAGGUUAUUGAGGACGUGGGGCAUUAUCCAAAUCUUCACUUGGAACAACCAAAUCAAGUUAGAGCUGAGCUGUGGACUGCUUCCAUAGGUGGUCUGAGUAUGAACGACUUCAUCGUGGCUGCCAAAAUUGAUGAGAUCAAGACAUCAGACCUUGUCCCUAAGAAAAGAGUUUGGGCAUAGUUAUGGGCACAUGUUUUAUGCUUUUUGCGAGGAAGUGCCAACCAUUCGAUCUUCACCAUCAACUGAUUUUCGAGGAGCCCUCACAUUUCCAUGAAUCAUCACUUGUACUUACUAUCCUUCCUUUCUACUUUGAAGCUAAUGCAUAUGAACUUCUUCAUUGAAUUAGCUGUGCCAUUAUCAUAAUGAUUUUCUGCCAUCAUCUGAAAUGAUUGUUGUCAUCAUUAAUUUUGAGUAAGAUAAUUGAUGGCAGUAGCACUCAUGCUUCAAUA